GUGCUGGUUCUCAUUCUCCCGGAAUUGGAUUCUCUGAACCCGUCUCUUUGAAACAGGCUCUUAGGGGAUUAUGCAUUUCUCAGGCAGCAGAGAUGGCUGCCAUGAAACGGUUGUCGCUGCCAGCAUCUCCUAGGGUCUCGGAAGCUGGGAAAAUUGCGAAUAUGUACAGGUCUGUUGGUAUUGAAACUGGUGAAUCUAGCUGCUCUUCUGUUGAAAGUGAGGCGCGAAGAAUAGAAAUAUCUCUGGUUCCGGAGCAGAGUGCCUCGUGUUCUUCUGGAACCUUGCCACCGUCAACAUUCCUGGAUGAAUGUGACAAUGUAGGAAAGUCUCCUGUCAAAGAAGAUACUGGCUUAUGUUCUGCCAGCAAGCUGCCUCGGAAGCUUCAAGAUUCUGCUCUUCGACCGGCUGCCGUAGUUAUGGAGGGUGCAGAGUUGAACAUUGCGCAUAAUAAAAUAAUACCUGUUUCGGAAGCUGAUAUGCAGAAUUCGGGAGUAGGCCUACAGGAAGAAGACUGCUGUUCAGUUUCUGUUCUGCCCCGAGACGAUGCUCAUGAUAAUCAUCUAAAGGAAGACCUGAAAAGUUCUGGCUCAAGCAAAGCUGCGAACGUCCCCAUCAAGGAAGUUCCCGCUUCCUCGAAUGUAGUUGAAAAGGCAGCACCGAAGGUAAGACGGAAGUCUAGGCUACAGACGGUGUCUUCAUCCAGUGUGGUUAAAGGAAACAAAGAAGGUACAUCUCGUGCGGUCAAGCCAGUUGGCAGAAACAAGAACAUCGUUAUAAAGAAAGCAAAGAAGGUAACGAUAUAUACUGAUGGAAGCUCAAAAGGAUCUCAUGACGUAGAUACUGCUCAGGACCAUGGUUCAGAGCAAGUAAUCUGCCAGAGGUGUCAGUGUUCUUUGAGGGAUUCGAGUAAGGAUUCCUGCAAGGAUCCCUUGGAUAGUGCCGGGGUUCAGGUUCCAACGGCUGGCACGGAUUCUGAUGCGAAUAAAGAUACCUCUGUUGCUAAAAGUAUCAUGGUUUCCAAACAAGGUGAAAAAUGGGAUCUUUCUCAGAGCUCGAACAGCAGUAAUUGCGACUUCAGUAGUAGCAACACGAGCCUCAGCGACGAGAGCAAUCUGAGUGGCUCAACGUGCAAUAAUAAGCCGCACAUGUCGAAGGACGUCAGGUGGGAAGCAAUCAACCACAUAAGAAAGAAGUAUGGUUUUCUAGGGCUGAAUCACUUCAACCUACUGAAAAAACUUGGUUCUGGAGAUAUCGGUUCGGUGUAUCUUGCUGAAUUGAUAAGAACGGAAUGCCUUUUUGCCAUAAAGGUAAUGGAUAAUGAGUUCUUAGCAAAAAGGAAAAAGAUGCCUCGAGCUCAAACUGAAAGAGAAAUUCUCAAAAUGCUGGAUCAUCCGUUUCUCCCGACUCUCUACGCCCAGUUUACCUCGGAUAAUUUGUCCUGUUUAGUUAUGGAGUUUUGUCCCGGUGGAGAUCUACAUGUGCUCAGGCAGAAGCAACCCGGUCGAUAUUUUCCUGAACAGGCUGCAAGAUUCUAUGUUGCUGAGGUCCUCCUCGCUCUCGAGUAUCUACACAUGCUCGGCAUUGUGUACAGAGAUCUAAAACCGGAGAACAUCAUGGUCCGUGAGGACGGUCACAUCAUGCUGACAGAUUUCGACCUGUCCCUGAGAUGUUCCGUGAACCCAACCCUCGUAAAAUCAUCCUCAUUAGCAAUGGAACCUCCCCGGAUCUCGGGUCCAUGUGCAGGUUCCAACUGCAUCGAUCCAUUCUGCACCGGGCCUUCGUGCGAAGUCUCGUGCUUUAGCCCCGGGCUAAAUUCGGCAGCCAGAGCAAGGAAGCUGAAAGCCGACGCCGCACGCCAAGCCAGGCUGCUCCCGCAGCUCGUAGCCGAGCCAACAGAGGCGCGCUCCAACUCCUUCGUCGGUACACACGAGUACUUAGCGCCCGAGAUCAUCAAGGGUGAGGGCCACGGCAGCGCUGUCGACUGGUGGACGUUCGGUGUCUUCCUCUACGAGCUUCUGUACGGGAAGACGCCGUUCAAGGGUACCAAUAACGACGAGACGCUAGCGAAUGUGGUGUUGCAGAACCUUCGAUUUCCUGACUCCCCCAUCGUUAGUUUCCAGGCGAGGGAUCUGAUCCGAGGGCUACUGGUGAAGGAGCCCGAGAAUCGGCUCGGGACGCAAACCGGAGCUGCCGAGAUUAAGCGGCACCCUUUCUUCGAUGGACUGAACUGGGCGCUGAUACGCUGCGCCGUACCCCCUCAGAUACCGGAGUUCUUCGAGAGUGAAAUUCCGCAACCGGCGCCGGCGCAGGAUGCCGGUGACUGUUUCGAGUUCGAGUUGUUCUGAAACAAAUUAAGGGUAGUUUAAGUCUGUUUUAUUUUUUCAGCUGAAUUUGUAAUAUAUACUCUCCAUAAUAUGUAUUAGUACUGUUUAAUAGAGUUGUUCCACAUGAUGAGUUAGUGCGAAAAAAGUUGAGAUAUUUCUAUA